AUGAAUCUCAAUAAGCGCUCAGACGAGACUUCUGUAGUCCCCUCGCCACUACCGCAAUCUGUUGGAUAUGGCGUCGUGGUGGUCGCUGGACUGGCAUUCGCCUUUGGCAUGAUGGGCGUGACUGCGAUCCUGAAAAAGACACUACAUGAGGACAAUUCCAAAGUGGAAACAUUCAUGGUUGCCAACAGAAGAGUACGGACCGGCCUUGUUGCAUCAGCAGUUGUUUCGUCAUGGCUGUGGAGUACCGCACUAUUGAGUUGUGUUUUAGUGACAUACAGCUACGGAAUAAGCGGCGCGUUUUGGUAUGGUGCUGGCUGCUCAACAGUCAUCGUCUUCUUUGGUUACUUGGGAACUGUAUGCAAAGGGCGCGUUCCUGAAGCGCACACCAUUUUAGAAGUCAUUCGCAUUCGAUACGGGACCGUGGCACAUCUGAGCUUCACAUUCUUGGCUAUUGUCAAUAAUCUUCUCAACACCAUCAACAUGAUUCUGGGAGCAUCGGCAGCAAUCACAUUUCUGACCGGGAUGCACAUUAUGGCUUCUACUUUCUUGCUGCCUCUUGGUGUUGUCCUUUACACACUUGUCGGCGGUAUCAAAGCUACCUUUCUUACGGAUUACAUCCAUACCUUCACCAUCCUCAUCCUAAGCUGUUGGCUGACAGCCAAGGUGAUCACUUCAGAAUCCGUCGGCUCAAUCGGAGGCCUGUACGACCUGGUAGUGGCUGCUCAGGAAACUCAUGUUGUGGAAGGCAAUUAUGAGGGUUCUCUCCUUACUAUGACUUCUCAACAGGGUAUCUAUUUUGCUAUCAUUCUCCUCAUCUCCAACCUCGGAGCUGUAAUUAUGGACACUGGUUACUUUCUCAAAGCGUUCGCUGCAUCGCCGAGCGCUGUGGUUCCGGGUUACGUUGUCGGAGGGAUCUCUUACUUCAGCAUACCCUGGUCACUCGGUACCAUUGUGGGAAUGGCUUCACUGGGACUCGAAGCACUUCCCAUCUUCCCCACAUAUCCAAGGCCCAUGACUAGUGCUGAAAUUACCAACGGCCUUGCUUUGCCUUAUGUAGCAGUCGCAGUUGCUGGUAAAGGAGGCGCCGUUGCGGUACUUCUAAUGACCUUCAUGGCCGUCACGUCAACUCUGUCAGCACAGAUUCUUGCCGUCUCUUCUAUCUUGACCUUUGACAUCUACCGCGUAUACUUCAACAAAGAGUCCACCAACGAGCAAGUGAUUCGUUGGGGUCAUAUUGGAGUCGUCUUCUUCGGCGUUGUGGCGGCGGGUUUCACAGCUAUGUUCCAUUACAUCGGAGUAGAUAUGGGCUGGACACUCUACAUGCUAGGCAUUCUUACAUGUCCUGGCGUUAUACCACUCAUCUUCACAAUCAUCUGGCGCAAGCAGAGUAAGCUCGCAGCCGUCAGCUCCGCAUUCCUCGGGAUGGCAACUGGUCUUGGAGUCUGGCUUGGCUCUGCGUAUUCUUUCUCUGGAGAAGUAACAAUCGUAUCUACAGGAGGCACUUUACCCUGCAUGUACGGCACCGUGGCCUCUCUAUUCAGCCCGUUGCUCUACAGUGUUGUGGUCACAUACAUACGACCUGAUAACUAUAACUGGGAAAACUUCAAAGAACAAAGGCUGGCUAUUGAAUCGGACGAGAGCGCCAAUCAGGCAGAUAAUUCUCAGAGUAUCGAUAAGACGACGGCGGACAGUACGACAACAGAAAGCACCGCAGCCGAGACUCCCAGCGACAACACUCAGCGCCGGUGGACGAAAUAUGCUCUAUGGUGGUCUGUCGCCACGUUUCUCGGCCAUUGGGUGCUUUGGCCGCUGCCUAUGUAUGCGGCAAGGUACAUAUUCAGCAAAGAGUUCUUUACCGCGUGGACGGUGGUAUCUCUCAUUUGGCUUUGGUGGACACUUCUUGCAGUUGGCUUUUACCCCAUCUGGGAUGGUCGUCACCAGAUAGCGACAGUUGCGCGUAAUAUCUGGAGGUUAUGGCGCUCAUAG